AUGGAGAACUCACCCCCCGUCUCAUCCAACGGCCUGAAUGGCUCCCAUUCUGAAUUUCCCAGCGUACCGGGUGAAAAAAUCAGUAAUGACUCCCACGUUAUUCACAAGAGAAGCCAUUCAGGAGGCAUCCUUUCCAAACUAUCAUUUCUAAGGACAGCCGGUGACAGCUCAGAACGGGAACCCCUGAGUCCCGAAUUCACACCCGGCGAUGAUCGUAUCUCACCAAAGAAAGGAAGCCGAGCCAUGGCCGUAGCAGUUCAGCAACAGAAGACUCGGAGGAGAAAAGGCUCGCUAAGAAAAGCAGCCCUGUUAGGGAGAGGCGCUCAACGAGACAAGAAAGACACCAAAAUGUACCCUCUCGAUACGGGGGUCACUAGUAUGUACGGGCAUGAAUCUCUAAGCCCAACGUCUCCCGAGGAAUUAAACCAAGCGAAUGGCUUUGGCUUGGGGAUCUCUGCUAUGACGCCCCGCCCCUCCAUGGACGGUUUUGCAAGCAAGAACCCUCUCCUAUCACCUAUUACCCUUCCCAUGGGAACAGACGAUCAUCUUGUGACAUCCCCCACAUCAGGCCCGGCAACCAGCCCAACACUCACAUACACGUCUACAACAGACGAGGACGACAUUCUCAGUAUCCCCGACCGUAAUCUCCCUACCCAACAACUAUCCGCGGGCGCCGACUCCUACUUCCCCCCCAGUUCCGGCUCACUAACCCGGCGUCGCUCAGCGCAAAAAUCAACCUCACCACUAUCAAUCGCCGGCCUGGUGACCAGUCCCCUCCCCGCCCCCGACGCCGAAUGGGACUACGCGGAGACGGAGUGGUGGGGCUGGGUGAUGUUGAUUGUGACAUGGGUGGUGUUUGUCACGGGCAUGGGCUCGUGUCUCGGUGUCUGGAGUUGGGCUUGGGACGUGGGAGAGACGCCGUAUGCGCCGCCUGAACUGGAGGAUGAUCCUACACUGCCUAUUGUGGGGUACUAUCCUGCGCUGAUUAUUUUGACGGCCGUGAUGGCUUGGGUGUGGGUUGUGGUAGCGUGGGUGGGUAUGAAAUAUUUUCGGCAUGCUAAGAUUAGUGGUGAUUGA